UCCACUGUAAGUUUCAACUAGAUACUGCGGGGUCCUCCCACACACUGCUGCUAAAGGUUAUCCUGUCUUCAAUUUCACUUAUUUGUCGUCUUGGUUAAACUGUUGAUGUCUCUGGCUCUUAAGUGGAUGAAUGACAAUUUCCCCGUGAACUUUUUGUUCCUCUCAUGCAUCACAGUGUUAUGACUAGAGAACAAGUUUCAGUAGAAUAUUCUGAUCCUCAACUUAAAUUAAGUUGUUUAUACCAAGCUUUGAACCUCUAUUUCUCUCUCUCUUGGAUCUCAGCCUUUCUUAAGCUAAGCCAGGACAAUAUAUAUCACAUUGGUCUUCGCAGAUGCAGGGUUUUCUCUCUCUCUCAGAGCAGUUAGUACUCUUUUUCUCCUGGAACUGAAGACAGUUAACUAGCAUGCUCUCUGUAAAUGAUUCAGAUCCUGAAUAUUGGGAUUGAUCAUGUCGUUCCGAUUUGGACAACACCUCAUCAAGCCCUCGUUUGUGUUUCUGAAGACCGAACUGUCCUUUGCGCUUGUAAACAGGAAGCCAGUGGUCCCUGGGCAUGUCCUUGUUUGCCCACUCCGGCCCGUGGAGCGUUUCCGCGAUCUGCGUCCUGAAGAAGUGGCUGAUUUAUUUCAAACGACACAAAUGGUUGGAAAUGUGGUGGAGAAACAUUUCUGUGGCUCUUCACUCACCAUUUCGAUUCAGGAUGGUCCUGAAGCUGGGCAAACUGUGAAGCACGUUCAUGUCCAUGUACUUCCAAGGAAGGUUGGAGACUUCAGCAGAAAUGACAGUGUCUAUGAUGAGCUGGAGCAUCACGACAAAGGAGAAGAGGACACCCCUGUGAAGUGGAGGUCUGAGGAUGAAAUGGCAGCUGAAGCAGCAAGCCUGAGGAAAUAUUUUCAGUGAAAUCCGAGGUGAGACAAUCUGGAACAAAUCCUGGAGCAUAAGAAAACCAAAAAAGGGACUAAUUCGCCAGUGCUCUGUGACAUUGGACCUGCAGCUAACCAGCUUAGAUGACAUUCUACAAACAAUGGCUUCAUCCAUGAAACACUUUAUUGUACCGUUGGAUAUCGGCGGGGUUGACUUUCACCUAAGACGACUGACAGACUGGAUUCAACACAAGCUUUUGCAUAAUGGCUCAGAUUUUUGAAUGAUGUACUUGGGAGUGAAUCUUUUAAAAUUGGCCCUGGGCCUAAACUGAAAUUAAACUAGCAGCAAUA